CGUGUCGAGGAGACUUGUGGAGGACAGUGUGAGGAGCCGCCGCUGCCAGGAUGGUCGGAGCUCUACUUUUGCUCCUAGCGCUGUCUGCGUGCGCGCAGGCCGUGGACAUCGAUCUGCUCAACGCGCGAGGACUUAAAGUGCGAAUGGAAAACAAUCCUUAUGGAGGGCUCAAUAUCCUGAUGACAAGAAAGCAAGUAACUGAAGUGAUAGCGGUAAUCGGAAGACGAGCAGGCGCUAUCAAAGACGUAGUGCAGGACGGAGACGUGGUCAUUCAGUUCUCCAAUGACACCACGGUCAGGAUUAGCACUGAGGAAGUCGUCGGUGAACAGAAUGGACAGGUCAUUACUUUCACUUGGGAAGCUCCAAAGAGUGUGAGACUCGAGGACUGUGUUAACCUUGGCUCGAGUCACUGGUACGGAGGUCCUCAACAAAAGCGCCAAUACUGGCCGAUUGAGAAGCUUGUCCUUGCCGACUACUCCUACGUGACAAAGGAGGCCGACAACUGCGGGAUUGCUGAGCCCUACUGGUUGAAUUCUGAGGGUAUCUUCUACUACUUCGAUAAGAAAGUUCCGUUAUUUAUUGAUCAGAAUGACCUCGAAAAGAACGCAGCAUGCUUUAUCGCCCAAAUAAAGCCACCCUACUCCAGCAAACGAGAUCGCAACGACCUGAUUUACGCAGUCGGCAUUUUCGAGGACGCAAGAAAGGCCCAUGAGUACGCCAUCGAUAAAUACCUCGAAAAGCCUUUGGGAUACCCUGAUGAGAGGAUGAUUACUUAUCCAGUCUGGUCUACCUGGGCCAGAUACAAGAGAGACGUAAAUCACGACGUCGUCUUGAGAUUCGCUGACGAAAUCUCCAGGUAUGGCUUCCCGAACAGUCAAUUGGAAAUUGAUGACCUCUGGGAGAUUUGCUACGGGUCUUUGACUAUUGAUCAAGAAAGAUUUCCAAACAUGGCCGUGACUGUGAGAAUGCUGAAAUCGAAGGGAUACAGAGUGACUGUUUGGGCUCAUCCGUUUAUCAAUAAGGGUUGUGAGCCUUGGUAUACGGAAGCUAAGAACAAAGGGUAUCUGGUUUCUUCGGAGUACGGAUCAGUAGAGACGAGCUGGUGGAAUGACAACGAGACAACGACGGCAUACAUCGACUUCACUAAACCGGAUGCCAGGGCGUGGUAUAUGGAGCGCCUGCAGAGGUUGCAGACCGUUUACGGCAUUGACAGCUACAAGUUCGAUGGUGGUGAAACAAGCUGGUCCCCUCAGAUCCCAGUUCUACAAGGAGAUAUCAGAGAUCAGCCAGGCGUUAUAACUGCGGAUUAUGUCAGAUUGGUCGCGCAGUUCGGCCCAAUGGUAGAAGUUCGAGCAGGAUACAGGACUCAAGACCUCCCGAUCUUCGUCCGAAUGAUUGACAAGGACACCUACUGGACUUUUGAGAAUGGUCUGCCAACACUGGUCACGACGCUGUUGCAGAUGAACAUGAAUGGGUACCCGUUGGUCCUGCCAGACAUGAUUGGUGGGAAUGGGUACAAUGAACCUCCCAGCAAGGAGCUGUUUAUUCGAUGGUUGCAGGCUAACACUUUUAUGCCUAGCUUGCAGUUCUCGUAUGUGCCUUGGGACUUUGACAAUGAGACGAUAGCAAUAAGCAAGAAGUAUGUAGAUUUGCACGCGAAGUACGCGCCACAGAUAAUCGCAGCAUGUAGACGAGCCGUCGCUGACGGCAGCCCCGUCAACGCGCCCAUUUGGUGGAUCGCGCCUAACGAUACUACAGCGUUGGAUAUUUGGGAUGAGUACCUCCUGGGCGAGAGCGUCCUCGUGGCGCCGGUGCUGGAGCACGGCUCGCUGGAGCGCGACGUGUACCUGCCCGAGGGCACGUGGCUGGCGCAGGGCGACCCCGGCCGGCGCCUGCGCGGCGGCGACUGGCUGCGGAACUACCCCGCGCCGCUGGACACGCUGCCCUUCUUCGUCCGCGCCGGUUAGACCGACGGCACUCCGUUCGUUGUGAGCUCGUUCAGUUUUGUGGUUGAACACGCGUUUGAACACGACUUUGAAGGACGUUUUAGCAAUCAAUAAAUUGUAAUUAUGCAAGAACAUAUAGUUUU